UCACGCAGAAGUUGGACUAUUUCACACAAGCAAAGAGGGACAUACAAACUUCACUUUUGUCUAAACCUUUUCACCAGUUUGGUGUUUUUUAUGAGCACUGGACGAGCAAACUUGGACUGUGUUUUGUGCGUUUUUUUGUUUUGUUUUUUGUAUAUUUUCUUUAGUGCGCUAUAGCUCACUUUAAAGCAGAGCAGCUCAUCAUAUUUCAGUGCUUCCAAUGUUUAUAGGGUAGUGGUUAAUUAGCACAGCCUAAUGCUACAUUUAUGUUGAUUUGGUGUAAAUGAAGAACAACACAAAGUCGGUAUUGGCACAGUAGCGCGUUUUGGCACUUUGUGAAUGCAGCUGUAAUCACCAGGGGAGCCUCAAGUGCUUAAAUGGUCCAUCAUGAGAAAGAGACAAUCAAGCUUCUUUAUGUCUCAAGAUCAGCUGCAGUUUGUGCGCAUUGUCUGUUAUGAAUAGAGCGAUCUCCAUUUGAGCCUCUUCACUUUGGAGAUUUGUCGAUUUUCGAUUAUACACCUAUUGAAAUUAGGAUGCGCACUUUUUUUUUCUCUUAGCUUGGUGGCUGGCUUGGCUGGUUUGAUUGACACGUGAAAUUGACACUCGGGUAGCCUCUUAUCAAGCCAAGCGUUUCAAUCCCGCGCUAAUUGCAGAUAUAGUGCCAUCCUUUCUUUUCGUGGCAUUUGAUUGCCUGGGAAUAUAACCACCUAUUGCGCAGAAGAGCAGCCAUCGAUCAUUUAUAGGAUAGUUUUUUAUGUAAUUGCAUCAAAAUGUCUUUUGUUGCCAGUCUUUAAAUGCAGUCGAAACAGUUGGGCUCGUGCUUGUUUUGGACCGGAUGUAGUGUGGGUUGGGGCAGAGAUGCGUAAUGUGCAGAGCAAGCUCCAUCUUCUCUCCAAAUAGGCUGCGCUCGGGACCUGAAAAUGUCAAAGACAGAGGUGAAGAAGGAGUCUGAGUCCAGUCCGUCUGAGGCCGCGUGUCUCUGCUCCCCUUCGGCCAAGAACCAGUGCGCGAGCUGCGGGAUGGACAUCCACGACCGGUACCUGCUGAAGGUGAAUAACCUGAACUGGCACUUGGGCUGUUUGGAGUGCUCCGUGUGCAGAGCCUCUCUGCGCCAGCACAGCAGCUGCUACGUGAAAAACAAAGAAAUCUACUGCAAACUGGACUAUUUCAGUAGGUUUGGGACAAAGUGUGCACAGUGCGGUCGUCAGGUGUUUGCCAGUGACUGGGUGCGUCGGGCUCGGGGCAGUGUGUACCACCUGGCCUGUUUCGCCUGCUUCUCCUGUAAACGGCAGCUGUCCACCGGAGAGGAGUUUGGGCUGGUGGAGGGCAGGGUGCUCUGCCGAAACCACUACGACACCAUGCUGGACAACCUGCGGCGGGCGGCUGAAAAUGGCACAGGUCUAACACUGGAGGGAGCCCUGCCCUCGGACCAGGACUGUCAACCUAAACCAGCCAAGAGAGCGCGCACCUCCUUCACCGCAGAGCAGCUCCAGGUCAUGCAGACACAGUUUGCUCAGGACAAUAAUCCUGAUGCUCAGACACUGCAGAAACUGGCAGAGCUCACAGGGCUCAGCAGGAGAGUGAUACAGGUCUGGUUCCAGAACUGCCGCGCCCGGCACAAAAAGCAGCCUCCGCAGAGCAGCUUCCCUCAAGGCGCUCCCCUGACGCGCCUGCCUCCAUCUCUGCCCGACGACGUGCACUACUCUCCCUUCAGCAGCCCCGACCGGCCGCACCUCCUGGCCCUGCACGGAUACUUGGACAGUCACUCUUUCUCUGUCCUCGCCGCCCCGGGACACUUGACCCAUCCUCCCAUCUCUCUACCACAGCUCCCCAUCAGCCGCUGACCUUCAUGUUUUCUAUUUUACCACUACACUUUGGGCCUACCCGCUCGUAAACUGACUGGAUUUGUAAACCACGGGCUACAGUUGGUUGGACUUUGAGCAGAAAGACUCUGAGACCAAACGUCACCAAAAACAACCAAUGGGACUCGAUUUGACUUUGGUGAUGGUGCAUUUCAUCUGGUAAAGAACUAUUCAUUAAUUUCAUGCAUUAAUGACUGAAAUGUGAGCUUUGAAAAGAGUCAGAAGAACGCCACAACAGUAUUUAGACCUCAGCAGUUUUUGUAUUGGUGAGUACAUUUUUAUUUUAGCAUUGCUAUUUGUUGUUAUGUUGUUGUCAAAUGAAAAUGCUAAUUUAUUAUCAAACUCACAAAAGCACUUUUAAAUGUGACAAUAUGUGAUUGUACCUUAUACGUUUGUCUGAAGUUAAUAAAAUGUUCUUGCA